GUAGAGCACAGCUCUUUAGUUUGAUUGGAGUGUGUGAGGAGAACAAACACACCAGGAGCUCUUUUAUCAAGAUCAUUAAAAGGCAAUGGGACAAGAAGAGAGCCGCAGCGAGGAGAUGGAUUUGGCACAGAUUCAGGAGCUGUGCAUCAUUUUCAUGAAGGAGUGUCCGAGCGGUGCCCUGCACUUACAUGAGUUCAAGAGGAUCUUCGGGGUAACGAGCAGCUCUGCAGAGGAGUCCCUCUACAUCGAGACAAUAUUCCGCUCCUUUGACACAAAUCAGGAUAAUGCGCUUGAUUUCCUGGAGUAUGUAGCGGCACUCCACCUGAUCUUACGGGGAAAUCUUGAAGAUAGGCUCAAGUGGUCCUUCAAGAUGUACGACAAGAACGGGAAUGGCAAGUUGGACAGGCAGGAGGUGGGACAGAUCAUCAGGAUUAUGUACAAAAUCAAGCUCCAGACGAGUGACAUCGGUAUGACGCAGUCCGAGAUCUGCGACAGAAUCUUUGAGCUUGUUGAUCAGAAUGGUGAUGGUCAGAUAACCUUGUCUGAGUUCAUGGAGGGCGCUCAGAAGGACGAAUGGGUCAUGAACCUGCUGAAGUUGGAUGUCAACGCCACGGGCUGGGUCAUCCAGAACUGUGGGAAAUUACCAUGACCUCUCACCCAGUGGGUUCAGUGCCCACAGGUUUUUGUUGAGGCUGACAUCGAGGCGCUGUCUUGGCCUUUGUGUCCACGCUGAGCUUCCUGUGACUUGGAGAUGGAACUCAGUGCGCUUUUUCACGGCUGCAGUUCUGCUGUGAUUUUGCCUGGUGGUCAUAUUUUGGUAAUAUAUCAAAUCAGUGAAUUUACACAAUUAUGGUGGUUCAAAGAAUUAGACUUUCCUGAAGUAAAACAUUUAUUUAUAGGGGAGACAUUGUUACGUAAGAAUUAAAGUAAUGCAACAGAUGUGAUGUGUAUAGGGGGUCUAGCUGAAGCUAAUUUUCAGCCCCCUUAUGAAGAUGUUUUAACGGUUGCCUCCAGCAGACAUGGAGCAAACAUUAGGGUUUCUAGUCACCCAACGAACAGUCCAAUAAAAAAGUUCAAUAUUCACUCUCCUUUAAACUCUGGUUUGGUCUCCACCAACUCCUGAGGGAAAUAUCUGGCUCUUCAGCUGCUAAAUUUCAACACUUUCUUCACCAGCAAGUCUCAAAGUCUGAUAUUUGGUGCUGAGCCGGUAGAGUACAGUGGGUUUAUUAGGUUUAUUUUUUUGCUGAAAACAUCUGUCUGCUGCUGCUGCUGGAAACAGGACUGAUGAGAACGGUGGGACAGAAACAAAACAUUUGGUGUUGUUUGCUGAAAAACCAAAACAAUGAGCUGAGAGUUACUGCAGAGUCGAUUUCUCCUUGACAUGUGACUUCACAUUUCACAUGAUCAUUGGACCCAUUGUUAAUAUAAAAAUAUUGGUUUGCGCAGCUUUAAGUGAGCUUAUGUCGCCAAACUAUCAUCUGGUUAGUAAACCCUAACAUUUCAGCAAUGAGACUAAACUGACUGUUGCGUUUUCCAUUUGGUCAUGUAAGCCAAGAACCCUAAAACAAUAUGGCAUAAUAUCGUGCAGUUUGAUUUUUUUUUUUUUUUGUCUGAAGUCUGAAGAAAAUGUUUCAGGUGAAAGUGAAAACUCAUGCUGUAUCUGUUUCUGAUGUGCAUUUAUUUUGUAAUUAAUAAAUAUAAUAUUUUCAUACACA